AUGGUGCACGAUGCCGUGAGUUUGUCGGUGUCGCCCUGGUUCCCGUCUUGUGACGGAAGAUUCCGUGGUAUCUCUACGUCUUUGUUUGACACGCUGUUGGAGUUGUUCCCAGCCUUCUCGACCAUGGCGCAGUUUCACGUGGACUUGAUGAUUGUGAUCCGGUUGUUGUUGUGCGCCAGAGGUGCGAACAUGUUGUUCGAUGAUGCUAACGGCAAGUGGGGUGAGACGGAGCCGUGGGACGUGCUUGUGCAGGCCAUGGAGAACGUGCUUACGAACACGACGUAG